GAACUUCAAACUUCUUGCAGUAGAUCUAGACAACAUAGAAAACAUGACUGUUGAUUCUACCACUAAAGACAAAAAGGCACCCUUUUUCAAAGGAAAAGGACACAUUUUUAAAGCAAAAGUACCCAAAAAUAAUUGCCAGGUGCAAAGUGACAGUAUAUCUACAGAAAAUCUGAGUUCUAAGCAGAACCUUCAGCAGCUGAACUUUGCAACAGCAGGACAGGAGCUGAUAAGUCAAGAGGAGUGUAUGUUUGCACUGAAGCGAGAUGGAGUUGGAUUCAGUAAGAGCAUGGUGGAGGAAGAAGAAGACAAGGAGGAAAAACUAAAUAAGAAAUCUGAAGACCUAUUUAAUGAAAUAUGGUCAUCAGUGGGGAACUCUCUUAAUGUUCAAACAAAAAAAGACAAGGAGUUGCUAAAAAAUGCAGUCCUAGCCAUCCAACAAGAGGAGCAACAGGACAAGAGAUGGGAAGGUAUUAAGAAAAGUAAAAGACCUCCUUGGAGGCCGAGGGCAUGCAAAAAAAACCAUGAUUUACUACUUCAAAAUAUGGUUGAGCAGCGGAUGGAGGAGGCAAAGUUAGACUCAGAUGUUAACUUGAAGUCUUCAGUUCAAUUGGAAAUCACAGCCAAGGCUAAACGACUAAAGGAAGACCUGCUUCAAGUAGCAAAACAUGUGAAGAACUGCUACCCAAAAGAGAAUGUAGUCCAGUUUUAUGCUGAACUAUACCAUAAUGCAUUUAGUGCCAAACUAAGGGAAAUCACUGAUUAUGGACUUGCUAAUAAGGACUGCACAUAUGUACUGCAGUGGGUGAAUAAUCUUUACCCUGGAAUUCUGAGACAAAAAGAGCUUUCUGAAGUGAUUAAUUAUGAAAAGCUUCAGCCAUUGCUACCUGACAACGUGUAUGAAAUGUUGGAGAACCAGUUUCUCACCUAUAUUGAGGCUGAGCUGGAGACAAGUUUUCAAAAUGCUUUAAGCAGCAAGGAGACCAUCGAUCCCAAAUUACAGGAUGAGUGCUACUACAGCCCACUGGCCCAUGAUUUGAUUCCGUGUAUACAUGGUGUUCUGACCUCAGCACAGAACAUAUUACCUUUUGGGUCAAAAACUCUCAAGAUCACACACCAGAUACACAAAUUCCUAACUGAUUACCAGAGUUUUCUUGAAAAAGUUAUUAAGGAUAACCUGGAAAACACUGACGCUGUGCUGAAGGCCAACCUCCACUGUAUAAGAGAAUUUAGGAAUUACAUAUUAACGACCAAGGAUUGCAUUCCUGAAGAAAUUAAGAACGACUGUAUUAAUUUGCUGGCCAGUGUAAAGGAUAAUUGCCAUGGUUAUUUCACAAAGCCUAUACAUGAUGAUCUGAAGGGAAAGUAUUCAAAACUGGGCACCCAGGACUGGCUUAAGCACAAUGAAAGUGUGUGUAAUGAAUUACUUGAUGGGCUGGAUGUUCACCUACAAAAAAUGCAAAACCUAGACCAAAUAUGCUUCCAGGAGUUAAUCGGUCAGCUUCAUGAGGAAGUGCUGGUGAGGUAUGUGCAGAAAAUGAUGAGAAAGAAGCUUAAACUUAAGGAUGAGGAAAAACAACAUCUAGCAGCGGAAGCGUUACGGGAUAACAGCCGUAAAAUACAUACCUUCUUUACUAAGGCCGGGUCAACUUCAAAUGGACUGGAAGAUAUCCUGCCCAUACUAGCUGAACUGCUGACACUUAAGGAUCCACAGUGUAUUGAAUUACAGCUAGUCAUGUUAUCCAAAGAUUACCCAGACCUCAGUGAAGAACAUGUCGCUGCCUGGCUGCACCUCAAGGCGAACCUCUCUAACUCAGUCCUCAAAAACAUAAAAAAAACCUUCAGUGAGCAUCAAAAGCAAACAAGCUCAGAAAGUGUCCAGGAUUCCAUCCACCCAUGCAGUAAUUUCUUCUCUAAAGUCGAGCUAAAGAAACAAAGACUGCAUAACAAAUUCUUGUACUGAUUUAUUUUAUGUAAUUUCCUGAUGUUUUGUUAAGCUGUUUAUAAUGCUUAUGCCUAUAAAGCCAAUGUUGUGCCUCAAACUGAAUGUAUUAUACUUCUGAUGACUAGAAAACAAUAAUAAGAAAAGAAACCAGUUUAAAGCAGUUCAUUUAGCACACUAUUAUUCUGCUUUGGGGUAAGGAUGAAUCAUAACACAUGUUCUGGUAGAUGGGGGAUUAUCCAAUUGGAAAAUCCCUAGAGCCCAAAAAUUUGCCUAAUAACUGAAACUUUUUGGAAAUGUUAAAUUGAGGGAUUUCCCUUACAAAGAAUUCAGUCUUUGGUCUAGCUGUUUAAAAAAUACCAUUCCUAAGAGCUACUGUUUAAAUUAGGUGCUUGUUAAGACCAGUGCAACAUAAAUGCGUAAAAGUAAUUGUAAAUACAAUGCUUUGUAAAAAGACCCUGGUUGGGUCCUGAAAUGUACAGUAUAUGUUUUACAUUCUGUUUUACUUUGCAUAAUUGUUUUAUAAUUAUGUAUUUACAUCAUACUCUGUAAUAAAAA